AUGGGCACGCAAAAGAUCUCGCAGUCCCUGGCAGACGCCACAGCCGCUGCCGCCGCUGCUGUGGUAGAGCCACUGCACCCGUACCACCCCCUCGGGGUCGCGAUCCCGGGGUACCUGGCGAAUGAGAUGGCCACCAUUGAGAUCCUGGCGUAUUUCGUCGUCGGGUGCACGCUGAUCCUGGGGUCGACCAUGUAUCUCGUGCGGCGGUUCGGCGUGGCGCGGCCAGGAGCCAAGGGGACUAGUGGUGGUGGCAUAAGCAACUUGGAGGUCGCGACGGCGAUGUGGUUUGUUCUGUGUGGAUUCAUUCACAUUGGCAUGGAAGGCUACGUCGUCUACCACUCUGCAACCAUCGCCUCCUCGCGCACGCUCCUGGGCCAGGCGUGGAAAGAGUACUCGCUCUCGGACUCGCGCUACCUGACCCAGGACACGUUCGUGAUCCCCAUGGAGGCCGUCACCGCGGUCUUCUGGGGCCCCUUGUCCUUCGUCAUCGCGUACAUGAUCACCGUGGACCACCCGCUCCGGCACCCCUUGCAGGCCGCCGUCAGCAUGGGCCAGCUGUACGGCGACGUGCUGUACUAUGCGACCUGCGCGUACGAGCAUUUCGUCAAGGCGCGGGUGUUUUGCCGACCCGAGGGGGCAUAUUUCUGGGGGUACUUCAUCUUCCUGAAUGCGUUCUGGAUCGUCAUUCCGCUGUUGCUGCUGGUGAGUAGUGCGCGGGCUACAGCACAGGCCGUGAGGAAGGUGAGGGAGCUGGAGGGGGCGAAGAAGUUGAGGUAG